GUCUAUUGGAGUCGUCGUCCUAAAGUGGGAGAAAGAAGAUUUGGUGAAGAAGACACGGAGACGCAUAGAGCGAGCGUGUUUGCAGUUCAGGUUAAACGCUCCUUCAUUCUUGCCAGUGACCUAAUGACGUCGCAUCUCUCUCACCACUCCCGUUUGCUGUGGAGAAAUCUGUGUUUCCCCGGGAGAAUUGGAAGUUUAUGCAAUAGGAGGAGGAACUACUCUCUCCUCUCUCCUUCUCUUUCACGCACCACCAAGUGUUUUUGCAGUUCCACUUGUAAUUUGGACGCAACGGUUUCUCAAUUCUCUAAAAGUCAACAUCUUGCGCCUGCCUCGAUAAAUCUGGAAGCUAACGCAGCAAUUAGCGCUGCUUCUUCCAAUGGCAGAGUGAUGCUUAUCGAUGGGACUUCCAUUAUUUACAGGGCUUACUAUAAGCUUUUAGCAAGGUUGAAUCAUGGUCAUCUGACUCACGCUGAUGGAAAUGCCGACUGGGUUCUGACUAUAUUCUCAGCUCUUUCUCUUAUCAUUGAUGUUUUGAAAUUUCUCCCAUCCCAUGUGGCGGUGGUGUUCGACCAUGAUGGAGUUGCUUAUGGCAGUACUUCUAAUUCGUCAAUUGGUUAUCAUUCUUCGAAAGGCAUGAACUUCCGUCAUACUCUCUACCCUGCCUAUAAAAGUAAUCGUCCUCCCACACCUGAUACCGUAGUACAAGGACUUCAAUAUCUCAAAGCGUCCAUCAAGGCAAUGUCUGUAAAGGUUAUAGAGGUGCCAGGUGUAGAAGCUGAUGAUGUUAUUGGAACACUGGCUAUGCGAAGCAUUGGUGCUGGUUAUAAAGUUCGAGUUGUCUCUCCAGACAAAGACUUCUUUCAGAUUCUUUCUCCCUCGCUUCGUCUUCUUCGAAUAGCACCACGCGGAUCAGAGAUGGUUUCUUUUGGAGUAGAAGAUUUUGCUAAAAAGUUUGGAAAUUUGAAGCCAGCCCAGUUUGUUGAUAUCAUAGCCCUUGCUGGAGACAAAUCUGAUAAUAUUCCAGGAAUUGAUGGAAUUGGGAACGUGCAUGCAGUGGAACUGUUAUCUAGAUUUGGCACAUUGGAGAAUCUGUUGCAGUCUAUUGAUGAAAUAAAGGAAGGAAAAUUAAAAGAGAGCUUAAUAGCUCACGCGGAUCAAGCCAUGCUAAGCAAGAAGUUGGCACUGUUACGGACUGAUCUCCCGGAUUACAUAGUACCGUUUGAAACAAGAGAUCUUGCUUUUAAGAAACCAGAGGACAAUGGGGAGAAAUGGAGGAGCUUGUUGGUCGCUAUAGGUGCAUACGCAGAAGGAUUUUCAGCUGAUCCAGUCAUGAGAAAAACUUUACAGUUGUGGGAGAGCCUUGAUGCAAAAAAGUAUUGAAUCAUGAUAAUGAUAUUAUGCAUCUUUUGUUGGAUGGGUGGUACAGAGAA